AUGAAUAUCGAUUUAAAUAAUUUAUCCGAUGAAGUUCUUUUCUACUCAAACGAUCAAUUUUACAAGUUUAUUGAAGAUUGUUUAGGUGUUGAUGAAAUGAAGUUAUUGAAAUUACAAUCAAUUAAAAACAUUAGAACCCUGUUAAAUGUGCCAGAUGUUUUUGCUAUAUUUAGUAUUAAUUGUAAAGAACUUGCUAAUCUUAAAAAUAAUAUUUGCUUCAUCGAUGAUGAUAAUGAUAAGAAUGUUAUUGUUAAAUCAGGAAUCAAAGCUGGUGUUGAUUAUUUAAUAACAAUACUUUAA